UCCGUCUCCCGACCAUCUCCACUACUGACUUUUCCAGACCUUCAACGCUCCCGCAAUGGAAGUCCACUUCGUUGCCUUUUCUAGGCGGAAUUAUUGCGUGCGCGUUAACCUCGCCGCGGCUCUCGAUAAAACCUCGAAGAUGUUCAUGGAAACGGAUAAAAAGAGCUUCUUUUGCUACAAAGUGCCCGUUUUUCUGUCCGACGAACUCCAUUUCUGCAAAACUUGCGAGAAUGGAGUCGCCGGCGUACCUCAGCGGCAGAGGGGAGAUCGAGGAGGAGCUGGAGCGGCCGGCUUUGGAGUCGGAGGCCGUCUACGUGGCUCUUGGAAAGGAGUUCAAGCAGGGCAAGGCCACUCUUCUCUGGACUCUGCAGAACUUCCGCCGACCAAUCGUCAUUAUCCACGUCCAUCGUCCCCCCAAGAUGAUUCCAAUUUUAGGUGCCAAAUUUCCUGCAAGUCAGCUCAAAGAACAGGAAGUUAUAGCAUUUCAACAAUUGGAUAGAGAGAAGAUGAACAAAAGCUUGGAUGACUAUCUGCUGGUGUGCUCGGAACUAAAGAUUAAGGCUGAGAAAAUAGUGAUUGAGGCUGAUGCUGUUGCCAAGGGCCUCAUAGAGUUUAUAGCUCAACAAGGGAUUACCAAGUUUGUUAUGGGAGCAGCAGCAGACAAGCACUAUUCCAAGAAGAUGAAAGCGCCCAGGUCCAAGACAGCAACAACUGUGAGGCAACAAGCUGAUACUUCAUGUUGCAUAUGGUUUGUUUGCAAAGGAAACUUCAUAUGCACAAGGAAAACUGAUAUUUCAUCUGGACUGUCAGAUUCACCAGAAUCUAUACCAAGUUUAGCCAUCCAGUCUGAACAAUUAGCCAUAACUUCUGAAGGGAUGGGAGAAACUUCAAAAUUCAAUGCUCAACGCAUUAAAAACUUUUUCAGGCACAGUUCAAGCUCUACAGUUUCAGGUUUGCAUGGUGGUGGUGGAACAAUGUUGAAUUUAUCCAUCCUUUCAUCUUCCAAAUCAUUAUUUCAUGGUAGCGAGCAUAUUUUGAACCGAUCCUAUAGUGGUAAUUCAUUGGAUAAACUAUCAAAGAGGAGCCUGCAGACUGAAUACUCAUCAUGCUCAGGAGAUGAUGAAGUGCUUAGCAAGUCAGACUUUCUGUCACUACCAAAGGAUGAAGAGAGCUCGGUGUUCUUUCCUUCAUUACAUGAGUCUGAUAAAGACUUAAAUUUCUCAUCUCCACAUAAUGAGUUGGAAGAUGCUGGUGUUGAUUUAGAACUUUAUCAAAAACUUCAAGAGGCCCUUAGCGAGGCUGAAGACUUAAAGCAUGAAGUUUAUAUGGAGUCGCUGAUGCGUCAGAGAGCUGAAAGGACAGUAAUUGAGGCGAUUCAAAGAGCAAAGGCUUCAGAAAACUUGUAUGCUGAGGAGUUAAAUUUGCGUAAAGAGGUGGAUGAAACAUUGAAGAGAGCAAAACUAGAAAUAGAAAUGCUCAAAAAAGAGCAAGUGGAACUCUGCGAAAAGCUUCAAAAGACUAACAAACAUAAGUUGCAACUGGAAUUGCAUAUAGGUAAUCUUGAUAACUGUGUUAAGGAUCUUGAAGAAAAACUGUUAGCAGCUCUCCAUCUACUUCAUUCUCUUGAAGUAGAGCAUGAUGUUUUGCAAAGAGAGCGAGACGAGGCUAUUCAAGAAGCCGAAGAACUUCGUAGAAAGAAGGAAGAGGUGCCUUGCAGUAUCCUUGCAAACUUGUCUGCCUUCUCCUUAUCUGAGAUUGAGCAGGCCACUUGUACUUUUGACAAUUCACUGAAGAUAGGAAAAGGAGGUUCUGGUACUGUAUACAAAGGCUUCCUUCGUAACACAACUGUUGCUAUAAAAGCACUAAAUCACGAUGGCAUGCUGGAACGAUCAGAGUUCGAUCAAGAGGUUGAAAUUCUCAGUCGGGUGAGGCAUCCAAACCUUGUGAGCUUCAUAGGUGCAUGCCCAGAAGCUCUGACACUCGUUUAUGAGUACCUCCCAAAUGGAAAUCUUGAAGAUCUCCUUUCAUGUAAGAGCAACAGUAAACCUCUCACAUGGAAGGCUAGAACGCGCAUCGCUACUGAGAUCUGCUCUGCUCUGAUGUUCCUCCACUCGAGCAAGCCUCAUCCGGUCGUCCAUGGCGAUCUCAAACCUGAAAACAUCCUCUUAGAUGCCAAUCUUGUGAGCAAGCUCAGUGACUUUGGCCUGUGCAACUUUGUUGUGCAGGCUGAUACUACCACUCUAUACCGCCACAGUCAUCCAAAGGGAACUUUUGCAUAUAUGGACCCUGAGUUCCUUGCAACUGGUGAUCUCACUCCACUCUCUGAUGUCUACUCAUUUGGAGUUAUUAUCCUUAGACUCUUGACAGGGAUGCCUGCACUUGGGCUAGUCAAGGUUGUGCAGGAAGUUAUGAAUAAACAGGCUUUAUAUGGGAUUAUUGAUCCUACUUCUGGUGAUUGGCCCCUUGUCCAGGCAAAGCAGCUAGCUCACUUGGGUUUAAGGUGCUGCGAGAUGAACCGGAAAAAUCGUCCGGAUCUUGUCGGCGAGGUGUGGAAGGUUCUGGAACCCAUGUCAAAGGCUGCAUCAUUUUCGGCAGCGCAGCUGUCAUUCAGUUCUAUUACAGAUGAUAACUGUUGCAUCCCAAGCUACUUCAUAUGCCCAAUAUUUCAGGAAAUCAUGAAGAAUCCACAUACAGCAGCAGAUGGCUUCACCUACGAAGAAGAAGCUUUAAGGAUCUGGUUCAAUAAUGGCCACAACACAUCCCCCAUGACUAAUCUAAAGCUCUCCAGUUCAAAUCUUAUCCCAAAUCGCGCCCUUCGUUCUGCAAUCCAAGAAUGGCUGCAGCAGCAACAGAAGCACUUGUAGGCUUUAUUUGGGACAGCUUUCUUACUGCUUUAUAAAGUUAAUUUUCAGCUAAAAAAUCUCUUAAAAACAGAGAAAAAACAGUGAUCUAAAGCUCGUGACUGUUUGGAGUAUUGUGAUGCAGAAACAAUUUUGCUGUUUGCCUAUCUAACAUAACUGAGUUAUGGUAACUGUGAGCUUGCUUGAUUGAAUAAGAAGCUAUAAUUUGCUCUCGAUCUGCUUGUUUCUGCUAUCCAA